AUGGGAUUUUCUUGUACUGGUGAUACGCAUGAUCCUCGUCCAUGGUGCCUUGUAUAUGGUGAAAAAUUAUCAAAUGAAGCAAUGGUACUCAGUAAACUUAAACGUCAUUUGUUUUCUAAGCAUUCACAUUUGAUUGACAAAAAUAUUACAUGUUUUCAACGAUUAUUAAAGUCACAAUCUCAACAAAGUAAAAAUAUGAUAAAAAUUGUGAAGAUCUCUGAAAAAUCUCAAGAAUCAAGUUAUAUAGUAACAGAGCUUGUGGCUAAAACAAUGAAACCACAUACAAUAGGUGAGCAGAUAAUUUUACCUGCUUGCCGUGAAAUUGUGAAAAUAUUCUUUGUAAUAGAAGCUGAACAAGAAAUAUUGAAAAUUCCUUUAUCUGAUAAUAAAAUUAGUAGGCGCAUAAACAACAUGUCCGAAGUUAUUGAGCACCAAGUAUUAAAUAAGCUACACGAUUCUCAUAGGUUUGCGCUACAAUUAGACGAAUCUAUAAAUUUAAGUGGAAAAACACAGCUUUUGGUUUUUGUGCGCAUGGUAGUUGACGAUAUUAGUGAAAACUGUUUUUGUUGUAAAGCAUUGCCCGAAACAAUGAGAGGUGAAGAUGUUUUUAAAGUUUUGGACGAUAAUUUAUCAUCAGUAAGUUUAUCAUGGAACAAUUGUAUUGGAAUAUGUACUGAUGAAGCGCCUUCAAUGACUGGCUCAAUUAAAGGUUUCAUUUCUUUAGUCAAGAUAAAAAAUUCAAAAAUUAUUUUUACCUACUGCUUCUACCAUAGAGAGAUCCUAAUGGUAAAAUCUUUAAUGGAUGCAGACUAUUUAAGAUUGAUUUUAUACAGCUCAGUAAGAUGGCUCUCUAGGGGCAAUAUUUUAUCACGAUUUUACAAUUUGAGAGAGGAGUUACUUGUAUUUUUAACCAUAGAAGAAUCUGAAUUCAACUUUCUUGGUGAUGAAGUAUGGUGGACAAAGUUAUCCUUUUUAACUGAUUUGUUUGAACAUCUCAAUAAACUAAAUUCAAGUAAACAAGGUCGCAAUGAAAAUAUGUUAACAUCUUCAGAUAAAAUAAUGGCUUUCAUCGAAAAAUUUAAUCUAUGGAAAACUAAAGUUAAUCAAGGUUGGAAUUACUUGGUUGAUUUAAAACUUGUUGAAGAAGAAAAUCUCUGUUCAAUUAAAAAUAAUCGAAUAGUGCAGUUGAAAUUCAAAGAGAUCACACUCAAUAAAUUCUGGAUAUAUGUUUCUGAAGAAUAUCCAGAAAUAUCUAUAAAAGCAUUGACGAUUCUUUUACCGUUCUAA